AUGAGCGUCGCAGCGGCCACUGGUGCCGUAAGCACGCAGCAGCAUCGACCAACUCAAGAACAAAUUCGUCUUGCUCAAUUAAUUGAAGAUAAAAAACAUGAUCAACCUGAAGUGCAAGAAAUCAUUCGAAAAGUUCUUGAUGUUGUAGCAGAUUGCAAUCAAGAAGAUGCUCUUGUUGCAUUAUUUGAUUGUGAUUAUGACUGUGAAAAAGCUGUUGCAUUACUUAUUGAAAAAGGUCAUGACGUAGCUAGUGAGUGGCGUACAGCAACAAAUCAUAAAUUAACUAAAAAACAACAACAACAAAAAGUUACCGCUACUAAAAAUGGACAUGGAGAUUUGGAUGAGAAUGCGCAACAACGAGGGAAUGACGGUUUCACUUCUCGAGGUAAAUCUCGUGGUGGUCGAGCAAGGUUGCAACAAAACGGAGGCGAUUCCCAAAAUGUUACUAAUCAACAAAAUGAUAAUUAUAUUCCACAACAAAGACAACGAGGUACGAGUACAUAUCGUGGUCGUUAUCGUGGUAAUAAUCGAGGUGGUUAUCGUGGUAUUGAUAGAAAUUAUCAACAUGUACAAGAUUCAAGUAUUGAUACUUCAUUACCGUCAGAUACAAAUCGACGUAGUAGAGGUGGUGGUGGUGCUGCUGCUGCUGCUGCUGCUGUUGCUUCUAAUCAACAACAACAAGAUUUAUGGGAUGUUGGUAAUUGGAAUGGUGAAACACUUAUUUAUUCACGAACAACUAAAGAUGAUGAACAACCAUUAAAUUCAAAUGAAUCAACGGAAGCAACUAAUCAAGAAAAAUCUAAACCUGAGUUUGAUCCAAUAGAAGCAGCACGUCAGAUUAAAAAUGUUAUUGGUAUUGGUCAAACACCUAAACCAUUAGUAACGGAACAAUUACAAAAAUCAAAAACAACUGGCCAAUCAUUAAAUACAAAAGUUACACCACCACUACGAAUUCCACAUCAACCAGUCGUUUUUUCUGAUCAUUUUGAUGGUGGAAUUAAUAAAAUAGAUGUACAAUUUGGUAAUCUUGGUGAAGCAUUUGACGAAACACCAACAGCAAAAUCAUCGUCAUCAACAGCAUUCUAUCAACAACCACAAUCAAUAUCAUCGAACAAAAUUUCUCAACGAACAACUGAACAGUCUUCACAUAUUUCACCAUCACAUCGUCCAUCUGAACAAUCGGUAAUGAAUCAACCACAGCCACAACAACAACGGAUAUUACCAACACAAAUUCAGCAACAACCAACUAUGCCUAUAAAACCAGUUGUUGCACAACAAUAUACUGUACAUCAACAACAACAUCCAAUUAAUGCACCAAAUAUUCUAUUACAAUCUUUACUUUAUCAUCCACAACAACAACCAGAUCCAGUAACAUUAGAUACAUCAUAUGAUCCAACAACAUAUUCAUUACCAUCAAUGGAUUUUAAUUCACCAUAUUUUAUGGCAGCAACAUUGAAUCAACCACAACAACAAGCUCAACCACGUUAUUUAGUUUCUCAACCACCGCCGCUUCCACAACAAACAUCAUCAAAAAAUGCACAAACACCAUCGGUGUCAACAACAACAUCAACAACAACAACUAAAAAAGCACCUGCUAUUCCACCAGGUAUGUUUCCUACAGGGCCACCAUUAAAUCCAGCAGCUUAUUCAACAACGUAUGGUGUUCAACAACAAACACCUGGAGCAAAUUAUUCAACACCAUAUGAUAAUGAACAUUUAUUUACAAAUACAUUUAUGCAAUUAGCAAAUACACAACAAGCACAAUCACCAUCAGGUACAUAUGGAUCCGUAACACCACCUGUUCAACCACAAAAUCAACAACAACAGACAAAUAAUAAUAAUGAUAAUAAAACAAUGAAUUAUCCACCACCAAUAACGGAAAAUCUCAUGUUAUUACAACAAUUUCAACAAUAUUCUCUUCAACAAUCGAACAGUCAACAACAAACAGCAACACAUUCACCAGCACCAUUAAGUUAUUAUCUUAGUCAUCCACCUACUGGACCAAGUUAUUCGACUGGUAUGUUUAAUAUUUAUACAUCAAAACCAUUUUCUCCUAUUUCCCAUUGCUAUUCUAAAUCAAUUUAA